UUGAUUUUUACGGCAAAACUUGAAAAAGAGAAUUCACAAAAACAGACGGCUGCUAGACGCUUAUGAUAAUUAUCUGCAAAAAUCUCAACUUUUGUUCUUCAAACUCCAUUCUUUUUUCUUCAAACCAAUGAAAGCCAUGUCUACCUUCCUUUCUGAGACGCUUCUCUAUGGUUACUGUAGAGACAAAUUCGUUUGCCUUCCCAAUACCAGCAACGUUUUACUCAAACCAAACUCUUUAAAUUACUCUUUAAAGUCACUCCCGAAUGCCGCUACCUUCUGCAGAUUUAAUAACCUUCCCACCGUUAAAGCCGCUGGUAAAUCCGUUACAGACACUUCUAGCGUCAGGACUUCUGAAUCCAAUGACCUCUUGUUCCGGGAAACUUUUCCUUUGAGGCGGACAAAAACGGAGGAAGGAAAGAUUUUUAUAAGAUUGCAUAAGGGGAAAGAUGAAGAGAGGUGGGAGUUAAGUGUGGGUUGUGAUCUUCCUGGGAAAUGGAUUAUUCAUUGGGGAGUUACUUUUAGCGGUGAUACUGGCUGCGAAUGGGAUCAACCUCCAAAUGAUAUGAUACCUCCUGGUUCUGUAUUCAUCAAGGACUAUGCAAUUGAGACGCCAUUGAAGAAACAAUCUGAAGGAGGUGCAUUUCAUCAAGUAGCAAUUGAUAUUGAUCCCAGAAGUGAAAUUGCAGCUAUAAAUUUUGUAUUGAAGGAUGAAGAAACUGGAUCUUGGUAUCAGCAUAAAGGUAGAGAUUUUAAAGUGCCUUUGGUGGACUACCUCCAAGAUGAUGACAACGCAAUUGGCACGAAAACUGUAUUUGAUUUCUGGCCAGGAGCUCUGGGACAGAUACCGAAUAUGCUUGUCAAGGCAGAGGCAUCACAAUCAAAAGUUCAAGACAGCAAAAGUGAUUUCAAGGAGCCUAAACAAGAAAAUAGGCGCCUAGAAGGGUUCUAUGAAGAGCUGGCUAUUGUAAAAAAAGUUGUCACUGAUACCUCAGUGACUGUUUCUGUUAGGAAGUGUCAUGAGACAGCUAAGAAUCUUCUGUAUUUGGAAACAGAUCUGCCUGGAGAUGUUGUUAUUCACUGGGGAGUUUGCAGAGCUGAAAGUAAAGAAUGGGAAAUUCCAGCUGCCCCAUAUCCACCAGAAACAACUGUGUUCAAGAACAAGGCUUUGCGAACUCUAUUAAAGCCUAAGCAAGGUGGAAAUGGAUGCUGUGAAUUGUUUACAUUAGAAAAAGAAUUUACAGGGUUUGUUUUUGUCCUCAAGCUGAAUGACAACACUUGGAUGAAAUGUAUGGGAAAUGAUUUCUACAUUCCACUUCUGAGUUCAAGUUCCUUGACUAAUGAACACUCACAAGUCGGGUCUAGUGAUGCACCAGUACCCGCAAGGGCUGAAGAAGCAGACCAUACGGUUUCUUACACUGAUGGAAUCAUUAGUGAGAUAAGAAGCUUGAUGAGUGGCAUCUCCUCUGAGAGAGGUCAAAAGACAAAAACUAAAGCUGUACAAGAAAGUAUACUUCAGGAAAUUGAAAAAUUGGCUGCUGAAGCCUAUAGUAUCUUCAGAAGUUCUAGUCUAACUUUUAUGGAGGAAGCUACUGCAGAACCUGAGAUAUCAGAACCUUCCCCUAAAGUAUCCUCAGGGACAGCGACAGGGUUUGAAAUAUUAUGCCAAGGGUUUAAUUGGGAAUCACAUAAAUCUGGAAGAUGGUACAUGGAGCUCAAAGAAAAAGCUGCAGAUUUGUCUUCACUUGGAUUUACUGUUAUAUGGUUACCACCACCAACAGAAUCUGUGUCACCUGAAGGAUACAUGCCCAAGGAUUUAUAUAAUUUAAAUUGCAGAUAUGGAACUAUUGAUGAGCUGAAGGAUGUUGUGAACAAAUUUCAUGAAGUUGGUAUCAAAGUUCUAGGAGAUGCUGUCUUGAAUCACCGCUGUGCCCAUUUUCAGAAUCAAAAUGGUGUAUGGAAUAUUUUUGGUGGUCAUCUAAAUUGGGAUGAUCGAGCAGUUGUUUGUGAUGAUCCCCAUUUUCAGGGCAGGGGCAACAAAAGUAGCGGAGAUAAUUUUCAUGCUGCUCCAAACAUUGAUCAUUCACAAGAUUUUGUUCGGAAAGACAUCAAAGAAUGGUUAUGCUGGCUGAGAAGAGAAAUUGGAUAUGAUGGAUGGAGGCUUGACUUUGUUAGAGGAUUCUGGGGGGGUUAUGUCAAGGACUACUUGGAUGCUAGUGAACCUUACUUCUCUGUGGGCGAGUACUGGGAUUCUCUCAAUUAUACAUAUGAUGAAAUGGAUCACAAUCAAGAUGCACAUCGACAGAGAAUAAUUGACUGGAUCAAUGCCACUAAUGGAUUUUCUGGUGCCUUUGAUGUCACAACAAAAGGAGUUCUUCAUUCAGCACUGGAAAGAUGUGAAUAUUGGCGUUUAUCAGAUGAGAAGGGAAAACCCCCAGGUGUUGUUGGAUGGUGGCCAUCUCGGGCUGUAACCUUUAUAGAGAAUCAUGACACUGGUUCUACUCAGGGUCAUUGGAGAUUUCCUGGUGGAAGGGAAAUGCAGGGAUAUGCUUACAUCUUAACUCAUCCAGGAACACCAACAGUGUUCUAUGAUCAUAUCUUUUCAAAUUAUCGAUCUGAGAUUGAAGCUCUUAUUUCUCUUAGAAAAAGGAACAAGCUCCAUUGUCGAAGCAUAGUUCAAAUUGCUAAAGCGGAAAGGGAUGUGUAUGCAGCUAUCAUCGACAAAAAGGUUGCAAUGAAGAUUGGACCAGGUCAUUAUGAACCUCCAAAUGGACCCCAAAAAUGGUCAUUCGUCAUGGAGGGUAGAGAUUACAAGAUUUGGGAAGCAUCUUAAAUCCUUUGAAUCUGAAUGUAGAUAAAUUAAAUAUAGAAGAACACCCAAAGAGGAUGGUAUAAUUUUCCUCCAAUGUGGUGUUGCACAAACCCGAAAUCAGGUUGUUUGUAUCAUACUACCAUUCUUUAUCCGGCCAUAAAAGGGUUAAGAGCAUUGUGCAGGGAAGUAUGACAGCAGCCAGCUAGCAGAUGUGGAAGUUGGGAAAAUGCCAAAUUAUACUAGUAUAUUUACAUGUUGAUAUGUCUUUAAAACGGGUCUAAUGAAAACCACUGGUGGUGGUGGCAGCAGUAUACCUCGCAAUGUGUAAUUAGUGUAGAAUUGUUGCAAAAUAAAUGAAUCUCCUUUCUACUUGUGGAAUAAAGAUAACAGAGAUCAUCUUUUUAGUUUA